UCGAACCAUAUAGUUACAAGUGUCAUUUAUGGAAGCACCAAAUUCAGUAAAUGAAACGGGCGUCAGCUCGUAAUUCUUCCACGCAAUUCAAACCCUAAUUUUUCCCUCACUAAACUCUCGCUCUUUGUCUUUCUUUUCAGUCACUACAGUGUUUCUCUCUCUCUAAAUUCAAUUCGGAUCUCCAUCAUAUGCCCUCGACUUGAGACGGAGUGGCAAACAAAAUAAAAAAGCUUUUUGCUCUUCUAAAAUCUGAUAAAUUGAAGGUUUAAAUAUCGGAAUUUCUCUUCUGAUCGAUAUCAUAUGGUUUUGUCUGUCUCAAUAGAUAUGAAAAUUACUCGGUAACAUUUAUAUUCACGGAGAAACCCUAGAUUUUGUUCAAAAGGAGUUAAAAAUUGCAGAGUUUUGAUUCUGAUCGAAAAUUCUAGGAUUGGGAGACCUGGUACUUCUCGAAAGGGAUUGCAAAAUUUAGAAUUAUCAGUAGAAAAUGGUUAGUGGACACCUUUUCCAUUGUACAAAGCACUCAUGGCCAGCUGAGGAGUAUGUCCCUCGGCCAACAUUACAGCUGUUAGAAUCUGAUUAUGCUGCUCCACCUAGAUAUGCUUGGCGGAGAAGACUCAACAGCCAUGCAAAUUUGUUGAAAGAGUUUAGUGUUACAUUUAUGGAAGCUUUGAAAAUGAUUCGACUUGGUGUGCGACUAUGGAGCUAUGUAAGAGAAGAAGCUUCUCAUGGAAGAAAAGCACCCAUUGAUCCAUUUACUCGAGAAAGUUGCAAACCUUCGGCAUCUCUAGGGGUUCCACUUGGAGGAAUGGGAAGUGGCAGCAUAUCUAGAGGCUUUAGGGGGGAAUUCAGACAUUGGCAGAUAAGUCCUGGUUUGCAUGAACCAUCUCCAGUCAUGGCGAAUCAGUUUUCAAUCUUCAUUUCUCGAGAUGGUGGAAAUAAGAAGUAUGCUUCUGUCCUAUCACCUGGAGAACAUGAGGGGAUUGGGAAACUGGGUGAUCAGGGCAUAUCAUCAUGGGGAUGGAAUUUGAGUGGUCAACAUUCAACAUAUCAUGCAUUAUUUCCCAGAGCAUGGACAAUAUAUGAUGGAGAACCUGAUCCAGAGCUGAAAAUUUCUUGUCGCCAAAUCUCACCAUUCAUACCCAGAAACUACCAAGAAAGCAGUCUUCCUACUUCUGUUUUUGUAUAUACUUUGGUUAAUACUGGGAAGGAGAGGGCAAAAGUCAGCCUGCUUUUUACUUGGGCGAACUCUAUUGGUAUCCCGAAUCUCUCAGGGGGUCAUGUCAAUGAACCAUUUACAAGCGAUGAUGGAGUGUCCGGAGUACUGCUACAUCACAAAACGGCAAAGGAUAAUCCUCCUGUUACUUUUGCCAUUGCUGCUUGUCAGACCCAGAAUGUCAAUGUAACUGUUUUACCAUCCUUUGGGAUCUCUGAUGGAGGUUGCAUAUCUGCUAAGGAAACGUGGGGAACCAUGAUGCAGGAAGGAAGUUUUGAUGAAGGAAAUUUCAGUUCUGGCCCUAGCAUGCCUUCUCUACCUGGAGAGACCGUUUGUGCUGCAGUUUCUGCCUCUGCCUGGGUGGAACCUCAUGGAAAGUGCACUGUGGCUUUUGGGCUAGCAUGGACGUCUCCAUUUGUUAAGUUUCUCAAAGGGAGUACAUAUCGCAGGAGGUACACUAAGUUCUAUGGCACUUCUGAGAGAUCAGCAGUAAAAUUGGUGCAUGAUGCUUUGAUGAAUUAUAAUCUGUGGGAGGAGGAAAUUGAAAAAUGGCAAAAUCCUAUUCUCAGGGAUGAAAGACUUCCAGAAUGGUACAAAUUCACUUUAUUUAAUGAGCUGUAUUUUCUUGUUGCCGGUGGGCCAGUUUGGAUAGAUACUGAUUAUAUACCUUCAGAUGAUAAGUCGAACACCUGUUCUUCUGCUGAAAAACCUAGAACAGAGAUCAAGGGUGUGACUGUGAAAGUUGCCACAGAAAAUGGGGAACCAACUCCUGCAGUUGAAGUUCAUAGUGACAGCCAGAGCAAUUUUAUGGACAUAAAUAAACCCAUUGACAGUUCAGUCGAUGGUGGAGAAGUUAAAGUGAGCGGACCGUUGGACAAUCAUGGUUCAUCCACUCAGGAAGGCAAAACUAAUCAUGGUCAUGGAUAUAAUUCACAGAAUCCUCAUUUGCAAAAUUCAGACGAUAAUGUUGGGCGUUUUCUAUACUUAGAAGGAAUAGAGUACAUCAUGUGGUGCACGUAUGAUGUGCACUUCUAUGCCUCAAUUGCUCUCUUGGAUCUUUUCCCUAAGAUUGAGUUGAGUAUACAACGAGACUUCGCAAGGGCUGUUUUAAGUGAGGAUAGAAGAAAAGUAAAAUUUCUUGCUGAGGGAAACUGGGGGAUCCGCAAAAUCAGAGGUGCAGUUCCUCAUGAUUUGGGCACCCAUGACCCUUGGCAUGAGAUGAAUGCAUAUAAUAUACAUGACACUAGUAAAUGGAAGGAUCUUAACCCAAAGUUUGUUCUUCAAGUAUAUAGAGAUCUUGCUGCAACUGGUGAUAUGGCCUUCGCAAGAGAUGUAUGGCCAGCAGUAUGUGCUGCAAUGGAAUAUAUGGAGCAGUUUGAUAGAGACGGAGAUGGCCUAAUCGAGAAUGAUGGGUUCCCAGAUCAAACCUAUGAUACUUGGACAGUUCAUGGUGUCAGUGCAUAUUGUGGAUGCCUAUGGCUUGCUGCCCUUCAAGCUGCAGCUGCGAUGGCGGUUCGUCUUGGCUGCAGGGCCUAUGCUGAGAAGUACAAAAACCAACUGCAUAGGGCUAAAACUGCUUUUGAAGCAAAAUUGUGGAAUGGAUCAUACUUCAAUUAUGAUACUGGGUCGAGUAGCAAUGGCAAGUCCAUACAGGCUGAUCAAUUGGCUGGACAAUGGUAUACUUUCGGAUCGGGUUUGCCUUGCCUCUUUGAUGAAGCCAAGAUUAGAAGCGCUCUCCAAAAAAUAUAUGAUUACAAUGUGAUGAGAGUUAAAGGAGGGCGAAUGGGUGCGGUCAAUGGGAUGAGCCCAGAUGGAAAGGUUGAUGUUACUUGCAUGCAGUCUCGUGAGAUAUGGACCGGAGUCACAUAUAGUGUUGCAGCAACUAUGAUCCAUGCUGGAUUGGAACACCAGGGCUUCACUACUGCAGAGGGUAUAUUUCGUGCAGGAUGGUCUGAGGAUGGAUACGGUUACUGGUUCCAAACCCCAGAAGCGUGGACAAUUGAUGGUCACUAUCGAUCAGUCAUUUACAUGCGUCCCCUUGCCAUAUGGGCUAUGCAGUGGGCUCUAUCUUCACCAAGAGCAAUAUUGGAAGCCCCGAAAUUGAACUUGAUGGAUCGAAUCCUCAUCUCUCCUUAUAGUAUCAAACCUCCUACCGAUUCACGUGUGCAUAAGAAAUCAACCGGGCGCCGGUGGUUUGGCAAGACCAUCUUCCAUUGCGAGUGUUGAAUUGAGUAAGAAAAUUUUGCACCUCUCUCUCUCUCUCAUUCUCAUUAGGGAGUGCAUAAGAAAGCACCUUAUCCAAAUGCAAGUGUUGAAUCUGUUUCUGUAUAAUUCUUUCACAAUCCUCUCCCCAUGAUAUCUUUCACUCUCUGGCGCAACCCCCCUGCCCCCCCCCCCCGGUCCCCCCUCACCACUGCAUGAAUAUCAUGUCCAUGGAGGGAAUAAUGCGCUCGUAAUUUAGUAAGCACCCCCAGCAAUGAGGAUGCUUGGGUUCUGAGUAAAUUUGGAUGCUGAAAGGAAUAAAUGUUCCGGAAUUGUUUAGCCCAUCAUUUGAGUAUGAGAAUGUGCCUUUGUGGGAUUCCCCUUCAUAAUGGCUUCUUAACUUUAUGUGUAUCUUAGUCCUUAAUUCAAUUUAGGUCAGCAGCUACAAGUGGCUUCUUUCUCCUGUUUUAUUUGUCCUCCUCCUUUAUAAGGGCUGAUACCAAAUAAUUUUGGGCAGAACACUUAAAACUGUCAAGGGAUGUUGUAAAGAUAUGUUUUUGAUCCUUUGGCUGAGUUAAUUGUUGAAAUUUGUUGUUCAGAAAAUCUUAUCAAGUUCGUUAAAACUCUUAUCAAUUGGAUUAUUCUGUUGAA